UCCUGGAAUUAAGAGCCUUCUGCAUAUUACUGCAAAGCCAUUUCAGCCGUGACUAGGCAUAUUACUAUACACCCAGAGUUUUGCCAGAGUUGUCAGUGGCCAUUAAGACUCUCGCUAUUCUGAAUUAAAUUUCCAUCAAACUGCCCUGUCAAUUGAUUUGUUUUCCUCUCCCAUUUGAUACUCUUCUUAUCUCCAUUCGCUCUUCACGAUGCUAACUGGCAUGGCAUUGGCAGACCUGUAUAAUUUAUUACUCUUCUUUGUUCAAAUCCUGAUACUAGUCCCCAAUUCUGGAGCUACAGUUUCAGCCAUCAUAGUUUUUGGAGACUCCACUGUGGAUACGGGCAACAAUAACUAUGUACCCACCAUUGCAAAGAGCAAUUUUCCGCCUUACGGCCGUGAUUUUCCUGGAGGUUUGCCCACAGGACGCUUUUGCAACGGCCGCCUUCCGCCUGACUUCCUUUCUGAGCUUGCUGGCCUCAAACCUAUUAUACCUGCUUACUUGGAUCCUGCGUAUAGCAUAUCAGAUUUUGCCACUGGGGUUUGCUUUGCUUCAGCAGCAACUGGCUAUGACAAUGCCACUGCUGAUAUUUUAAGAGUGAUACCUUUAUGGAAGGAAGUGGAGUAUUUCAGGGACUACAAAAAAAGAUUGACAGAUUAUCUUGGUAUUGAGAAGGCAAACGAAAUAUUAAGGGAGGCUAUAUAUAUAGUUAGCAUUGGAUCCAACGACUUCAUAGAAAACUAUUAUUCAUUGCAAAUGCGGCGUUCAGAAUUCACUUUGGAACAAUACCAGGAUUUCCUUCUUGGAAUUUCAGAAAAUUUCUUCAACCAGAUUUAUCAGCUUGGAGCUCGGAAAAUUUCCUUAACUGGGCUCUCGCCAGUAGGAUGUCUACCAGCAGAGAGAACCGGAAAUUUCAUGGAUUCAUUUAAUUGUAAUGAGGAAUACAACAAUGCUGCCUUGGAAUUCAAUAGGAAGGCGAAGAUUUUUGUUGCAAAGCUGAACACGGAGCUUCCUGGGAUCAGAGUUGUUUAUGCAGAAAUUUAUGACUUCGUUUCGGAAAUCAUCACAAAACCUUCCGAAUUUGGAUUUGAAGUGGCAGAUAUUGGAUGUUGUGCGACAGGGACAUUUGAGACUGGUUUUUUAUGCAAUACAGAUAAUCCAUUUACUUGCCCGGAUGCAGAUAAAUAUGUAUUUUGGGAUUCAAUUCAUCCCUCAGAGAGGACGAACAAGAUAGUCUCUGUUUAUCUAUUCAAGUAUCUCCAAUCAUUUCUCUAAUUCAAUGGCAUCUCAAUUGAAAUUGAUCAUGCAAAAAUGCUAAUAAUACGAUUGUAUUUAUUCAUAUAAAGUAGUCUUAUCGUUGACGAAUGCAAUCAGAUACAACCGAUAAUUAGGAGCUGUUAUAGAAGUUGUAUUUUACAUCUAUAUGAACAUUGUAGAAAACUAUUGUUGAUGUAAAAUGAGAGUGAUCUGUUCCAAUAAUCUUAAUUUUAAAGUAAUCAUAUUAUGUAAA